UCCCUAAGGACAGACACGGGAUUUAGUAGUGAUACCAAGAACUUUUUGCUUUACCCUUCGCUGGUAAUCUGACUUCACUCGCCGGAAUAUACUUCCACCGGUUUAGAAAACAGUUGAGAAAAGAAAGGAAAACAAAAUUCUGGGUGAAGGGUUGUUACCAGAUCAAGCAAAUGAGAGUGCAUCAUUUCCCGAAUCAUAAUGGCACAUAAGAUUUGAGUUUCUAGAAGCAGCAAUAUCAUUUGUGUGAUAUGCCAUACCUGGUGCGGGAGAAUCUGUUUAUUGGCAAUAUUGGGGAUGCUGCAGAUGUUCUCCAGCAUGAUAUUGGUGAAAUUACACAUAUAUUAUCAGUUCUCAGCUCCGCAUCAAUUUCAUUUUUCUCAGAAUGGCGAAGGGAGAUCCUGAUCCCUACAGAAGAGAUUCGUAAGGUGUAUGUUGGGGGUUCAGGAACAGAGGAUGAUUCAGGUGAUGGGUCCAAGAGUUCUCUGGCACCAGAAAAGGUGCUGUAUUCCUUAGAGAAAGCAGGGAAGGAUUUGAAGUUUGUAAGGAUGGCUGUACCAUUCAAAGAUACAGAGAGUGAGGAUCUAUUGGAUUACUUGGAUGUUUGUUUAGAUUUUAUUGACCGAAGUAGAAAAGAAGGGUCUGUAUUGGUUCACUGCUUUGCUGGUGUAUCAAGAAGUGCAGCUAUUAUUACUGCAUAUCUGAUGAGGACUGAACAGCUAUCCCAAGAAGAUGCGCUUGAAUCGCUAAGGCAAAGCUGCGAAUUUGUUUGUCCAAAUGAUGGCUUCCUGGAUCAGCUCAAAAUGUUUGAAGAAAUGGGUUUCAGAGUUGAUUACGCUAGCCCCAUAUACAAGCGUUUCCGCUUGAAAGUACUAGGAAUUGUGAUAGGUGAUUCUUACAACCGUGGAGAAAGAAUAGACAGUUCAAAAUUUGGGACCGAUCCUGAUUUAUCAGCAGCAAAAAUCUCUUCUGAGGUUGAAACUAAAGCUAAAAUAGAUGCAAUUCGUUCUCCCUUAUACCGCUGUAAGAAAUGUCGCAGAGUUGUUGCCCUGCAAGAGAAUGUUGUCAAUCAUCUUCCAGGAGAGGGUGAAACAUCCUUUGAGUGGAACAAGAGGAGAAGUGGCAACCCUUUCAACAAGCCUGAAGAUAAUGAGUGUUCAUCUAUCUUUGUUGAGCCUCUAGGCUGGAUGACAAUAGUUGAAGGAGGUGCACUUGAGGGCAAGCUGUUAUGUGCCAAAUGCGAGGCACGCCUAGGUUACUUCAAUUGGUCGGGUAUCCAGUGCAGUUGUGGGAGCUGGAUUACACCAGCCUUCCAAAUUCAUAAAAGUCGAGUGGACAUAAGCUCUGUCUAGUUUUUCUCCGGGAAGAAGACAAUGGGCAUUUAUAGGUUGUCACAUGCUUGAUGUAUUUCGAAUGAUACUUACGAUAAGGUAUUUUGAGAUAGUUCUAGUGAAAGAGGUAUACAUUCCUUCAGGAAGUACAUGCAGAACAGUUAUUGCAAACUUUAAACCUCUUGGUGAGUUUAAGAAGACUUUUGUAACUCCACCUAGAGGACCAGUCUUGAGUUGCUUGAUCAUGUAAUGUUAAGAAUAACAUGACAGAUGAUUGUGGCCUUGCAGCCUUUGCUUGUGUACCAGGGUUGCUGUGAUGGUUGUCUGUGUAGGAUGAGUGAGUCCUUGAACAGUUUUGUCCAAUUAUUGUAAGUUGAAGAACUACAAAAUGGCUGAAAAUCAGUCCAGCAUAAAGUUUUUUCCAGCAGCAUAAAUGGUCAUUCUAUUGCUCAGGCUUGAUAAAUA